CCAAACCCAAAAAAACCAUUUCAACCGAUCAAAGCCCUUUAGUGGUUUCUCUUUCUUCUCGCUUUAUGCAUGACGAAUUGGCUUUGACAAGCCCCCUAGCGAGAGCUAGGGGGUGGUGUUUAACAUUAAUGGCGAGCAAAGCGAGUGGCACUCCGCUUAGCCUUAAAACGUUAGCUACACUUAACUUCUUUCUCUUUCUUAUUUUCACACAGAAUUCUUUGACUUUCUUAUUUUGUCAGUGAAACUUCUAUUUCUCCUUUUCUCGCACAAACCGCCAUACAUUUUUUCAUGGUUAUCUUUUGUUCCUCAAAGCUGGUUGCUGCCCUUAUUCUCCAAUACUACUCCCAAUUUCAUCCGGAAAGCCUUCCCUUUUCUUGCACCAGCAGGCGCUCCUUAAUUUUUUCACUGCUUCUAUUAUUCAUCGUUUUCUCUUCAACCCACCAUUUUCUUCCUUUGAUGGCUUCUCGUCGAUUUGUGAUUCGUUUGAUGGGUUCCGAUUUUGAUGGUUCCUUACCGAUAUUGAGGCGAUGAAACGAUGAAGGAAGCUCAUCGCUUCAUCUCCAAAAUCAGUAUUACCUGCAGAGGAAAGAGGCGGAAAGGAUUGCAAUCGAUUGCGUAUAUUAGAAAGACAAGAAAAUCAACAGCGUUGCUGCCACCAGUCUCGUGUGGCCUGUGUGCAAUGGAGGUCGAGUCUUCCAAUUUUCCGGUGACGACUGUCUGCAAAGAAGAAACGAUUUUUUUCGACUUGAGUUUGAUUUACCUGUCCAUCUUCACCAAGUAUUUGCGAUUUGGGGCUUCAAAGAAUUCCAGGUGGUCUGAAGAAGUCGGGAUCACUGUUAUCGACAAUAAUCGAAGACGGAGGUGUGAAUGGAUUUAUGUAUCUUGUAGAAAGGGGAAACGUCUUCUUCUUCUCUUUGUCGUCGAUGUGGGUCAGUAUUUGUUUCGGUAUGUUUUCUCCCCGCUUCUUCUUCGAUUGUGCAUCUGCCUUUACAGGUUAUAUGUUCUUUCUUAUUACUGAGAUUAUCAUCUAAAUUGCAUGGUACCCUUCGCUUCAAAUUCUGUAUGUCUUCAUGUUAUGCUUCAACAAUCACUGAGAUCUCGAACAGAAAUGCCCUUUAACGAAUUGCUUUUGACUUCUCUUCUAGAGUAGAUUUCUAGAUCACUUCAGACAAAAAUGAAUAUUAUCCAGAUUUCAUUGGCAUUUUCAAAAAAAUGAAGUUUGUGCCUCAUCGAUGCCACCAGAUUGCAAACCAUCCUUUAUUGGUGAGGCGUAUUUACACAGAUAAAGAUGUCAUCAGAUUCACCAAAAUGUUGCAUCCCAGAGGUGUAUUUGGUGCGGAGUGUAUUUUGGAUAAAGUAAUUGAGGAGGUUAAGGGUUACAAUGACUUUUCAAUUCACAAGCUUUUAGUUUAAUAUUCUGAUGGUACUUCAAAAAGUCUUUUAGAUUUCUGCAAAGUGCCGGGUAUAUGAUGACAUGACAUAUUUGUAUGCAAAUUUACAUUUUUGUCCCUGGAAUCACAAAAAUUUACUUAACCUAACUUUAAUUUAUUGCAAUGAAACAAAAAGAAAAAAAAAAAA